AUGGCAACAUCAGCUACCAGCCCCAGUUCACCUCUCCGGGCCAAGGAUCUCCUGAGUGAUUCAUCAGAAGCCCCUGGGCUGAACCAAGCAUCCUCUGAGGUGACCUCCCAGCUGUAUACUUCUUUGCACCUCAGUCGUCAGGCAGAGAGCACAGCCCGAGCCCAGCUGUUUUUGCCCGCCACCUUCCCACCUCCUCCUGAGGUGUUAGAUGGCUUGGCCCAAGAACUGAGUCACAGCUUGUCGGUUGGAUUGGAGAACAACUUGGAGAAGAAGGAUGGUUCCAAGCAUAUCUUUGAGAUGGAAAGUGUUCGGGGUCAACUCCAGAGCAUGCUCCAAACCUCACGAGAUAUGGCCUAUCAGGAUCCCGCUACUCCAGGUGCCGGCUCAGAGAGACGGGAAGAGGACUCCUUUGACAGUGACAGCACGGCCACCUUACUUAACACCCGGCCCCUGCACGACUUAUCUCCAUCUAGCUCAGCCCAAGCCCUGGAGGAGUUGUUUCCCUGCUACACCAGCCUUCGGUCAGGGCCCCCACUCAAUCCCCCGGAUUUUCAGGGGCUGAGAGAUGCACUGGAUUCAGAGCAUACCCGUCGCAAGCAUUGUGAGCGCCACAUUCAGAGCCUGCAGACCCGCGUGCUAGAGCUUCAGCAACAGUUAGCUGUGGCCGUGACUGCCGACCGCAAGAAAGAUAUCAUGAUUGAACAACUGGACAAGACCCUGGCCCGCGUGGUGGAGGGCUGGAACCGGCAUGAAGCUGAGCGGACAGAGGUGCUUCGGGGACUCCAGGAGGAGCGCCAGGCAGCUGAACUCACUAGAAGCAAGCAGCAGGAGACAGUAACCCGCCUGGAACAAAGCCUUUCUGAGGCCAUGGAGGCCCUGAAUCGUGAGCAGGAAGGUGCCAGACUGCAGCAACGGGAAAGGGAGACACUGGAAGAGGAAAGGCAAGCUCUGACCCUGAGCUUGGAGCUGGAACAGCAGCGGUGCCGGGCCCUGCAGGAAGAACGGGAUGUGGCUCGGGCUGGGCAACUCAGUGAGCAUCAACAGUUGGAGACACUUCAGGUGGCCCUAGAAGAAGAACGGCAGACCUGGGCCCAGAAGGAGCAUCAGCUUAAGGAAUGCUACCAGGCACUGCAGGAGGAGAGCCAGGCUCAGUUGGAAAGGGAGAAGGUAAAAAGGGAGGCCCAGGCAGCCCGGGAGGCCCAGCAGCAGCUGGCAUUGGUGCAGUCUGAGGUGCGGCGGUUGGAAGGAGAGCUGGACACAGCUCGGAGAGAGAGAGACGCCUUGCAGCUGGAGAUGAGCCUGGUGCAGGCCCGGUUUGAAAGCCAGCGGAUCCAGAUGGAGUCGGAGCUGGCCAUGCAGCUGGAGCAGCGGGUGACAGAGAGGCUGGCGCAGGCUCAGGAGAGCAGCCUGCGUCAAGCAGCCUCCCUGAGGGAGCAUCACAGGAAGCAGCUGCAGGAGCUAAAUGGACAGCACCAGCAGGAGUUGUCCACUCAGUUGGCUCAGUUCAAGGUGGAAAUGGCAGAACGGGAGGAGAGGCAGCAGCAGGUGGCCCAGGACUAUGAGCUCAGACUGGCCCGGGAGCAGGCGCGAGCGCGGGAGCUGCAGAGUGGGAGGCAGCGGCUGCAGGAGCAGCGGGCGGAGCUGCUGGAGCGGCUGCAGGCCAUGCUGCAGGCCCACUGGGAGGAGGCAAGCCACCUGCUCAGCACUGCCGCCCUGCCGCCUAGUCCCCCGGUUCCUCCUGCCGGCCCCUCCAGCCCUGGGCCACAGGAACCGGAGAAGGGGGAGAGGAGCAUCUGGACUGUGCCCUCCGUGGCAGUGGCCCUAAAGCCCGUAUUGCAGCAGAGCCGGGAAGCACAGGAAGAGCCGCCUGGGGUGCUGCCACCUGUUCUCUGCAGCCCCUCCCCAGAUCUUAGCCUCCUGCUGGGCCCCACUUUCCAGAGCCAGCAUUCCUUCCAGCCCCUGGAGCCAAAGCCGGAUCUCACUUCAUCCUCAGCUGAGGCCUUCUCUGCAGCUGGGACCUUCCAUCCCGAUCACAGGGCAGAGCGGCCAUUCCCUGAGGAAGAUCCAGGGUCCGACAGGGAUGGCUUCCUGAAGCAAGGGCUGCCGCCCCCUUCCCAGCUGCAGGGCCUCAAGCAUUUUUUGCACCAGCUGCUGGAGACAGCGCCCCAGAGCAACGAGAACCCCCCCAACGACCUGCUGCCCCCUAAGUCUGGUCCUCUGACUGCCCCAUCUUGGGAGGAAGCCCCUCAGGCGCCACGCCUCCCACCCCCGGUCCAUAAAACUAAAGUGCCCUUAGCCAUGGCGUCCAGUCUUUUCCGGGUCCAUGAUCUUCCCUCGGCCCAUUCACAGAGCGGCGGUUCCACCGAUGGCUGCCCAGAGAGAGGUGGAGAUGGGCUCGCACCCUCGAGGCAGCUGAUGGAGGUGUCUCAGCUGUUACGACUGUACCAAGCUCGGGGCUGGGGGGCACUGCCUGCCGAGGAUCUGCUGCUUUACCUGAAGAGGCUGGAACACAGCGGGACUGACAGCCGAGGGGAUAAUGCCCCCAGAAGGAACACAGACUCCCGCUUGGGUGACAUGCCCCGGAAAGAGAUCCCCUCCCAGGCUCUGCCUCGCCGCCUCGCUACAGCCCCUAAGACUGAAAGACCUCCAGCUCGGAAGAAGAGUGGGCAGCCGGCCCCUGGCAGCGUGAGGAGUCGGGGGGGGAUCUGGAGAUAA